AUGGCUGCCGGCCCAAAUCCAAACCCUAAUGCGGGCGGAGCCGAUCAAGGUGCUGCGGCGAAGUCCGCAACCAAGGACCUUAAGAAGAAGAAGGACGAGAAGAAGGAUGAAGAUCUGGUAAGCGGGGGCAUCUUCCUGCGCAUUCGUUGCCUGCCAUAUAUAUGUAUGCUAUUUUUCUGGAAUUUGAUGAAACGGGGUUGUUUAAUGCGAAGUCGGACGAGGAUUUGGCCUUGAAGCAGCAGCUAGAACUCUACGUCGAGAGGGUUCAGGACUCGGAUCCUGGCGUGCAGAGGCUUGCCCUUGAGAGCAUGAGGUGACUAUUUCGGAUUUGUAACCUUUUUUGUGAACGACUGUGGCGGAUGGUUAGGGUUUUUUAGUUCUUCCGAUACUUCUGUAUGGGGUUGAUCGGCAACAAACGUAGAAUUUAAUGAAAUAAGGGGACACUUCUUCCGCGUUGAAUUAUGUUUUUCGGCGUUGGCCUUCUAUUGCUUCCCUGGGGUCAAUAGAAAAUCGUAGUACAUAUAUUGGACCCUCGGUAGAGGCUGAGAAUUAAUAUCAACGCAUAGCUUAGGUUGAAAAAUGUCGACUUAAAUGGCAAUAUAAUCAAAGAAAGAUGGCAUUAACUUGUUAUACUAGCAAAGAAGCGCUCAAGUGCUCGUCUUAUGAUCAUGUGAAAUUUUAUGCGGUAGCGAAUUGAGGCUAGUAUCAAAAGAUAGUUUUGCUGACUAGAAAGUUAACCUUUUUUUCUGGAGGAAACUGUACAUGGAUAGUUCCGAGAUGUAGAUCCUAUAAAAAAUAACUUGAUCAAAAGCAUAUAUUUUUUUUCUGUUGAGAAGAAUGAUAUAUGAACCCAUGAAAUUCCAAAGAUAAAUAGCUAAAGCAUCAUGUGAACUACAUCUUAACUGUUCACAGAUAUCCGUUAAAAUGGAUUCACUACAGAUUAUGAACUUCCCUUAUAGUAGGUUGUAGCCUCCUAAUGUCAGAGCAUGCAAUUGGAUGUUUUUGAACUGCUCACAUUGCUGUUGUCAUCUUUCCAAAUCAUUCAAUGGUGAAAGAUUACUGAUACUGAAGGAAGAAAUUGUUUUAGUUAUUUACAUCUCAGGAAAAUUAGUAGUCAAUAACAAUACUGAUUGAUCAAGGGGCUGAAUUUUUUUUGGAUCACGAGGUUAAGUCACGCUUCUAUCUUAUCAUCCAAAGUUUAAUGUGAUAUAAAAAUACCUUUUUUUUUUUUUCACGAAGAUGUUUUUCUCAGUUAGACAUCGGAUGAUAUUUUUCUGAAGUUGAGGGGAAAUAUUGUGCUUUCGAAAUCGGUUUCUUUUCAGACUCACUGCAGUAUUUGUGUUUCUUAUGUUGGAAUAGUUUGUUAUUUUUUCAAACCAUCUUAAGAAUAAUCUAAUAGGAUUUGUGGCAUAAGAAAUGAUUUUCUAUCUCAUAAUACUGUUCCUGUCUAUGUUUCAUAACACUACUGUUUUCAGUUCUCUUUUUAGCAAAAGAAACGUUUUUUCUAUUUGCAAAAGAAACGUUUUUAGCAAAAGAAACGUUAGCAAAAGAAAUAUUUUAGUGAUUUUAAAAUUGCUAUUUGCCUCAUUGAAAUUGGGAAACAGUAUCUAAGUUGGUAACAGUAACAAUAUAUUUUUUUUGGGUGGCCGUUGAUCAUGUAUAUUUACUGUCCCUUAAGGCAGGAGAUUCGUACUGCAACAAGCUCGAUGACUUCUGUUCCCAAGCCUUUAAAAUUUCUCCGCCCUCAUUAUGGCACGCUGAAAGCGUUUUUUGAGACUGUUGCUGAAUCUGACGUCAAGGUAGAUCCUGCUUUCAUCUUAACAUUACAUCGAAUGAUUAUCUCAACACAGAUGAACCACACUGUCACUUUUGUUGAUUAUUUUAUUUAGAGUAACAAUGACAUUCUUUUUUAACCCUUUGUAGAAAUACUUGGCUGAUAUACUUUCAGUUCUGGCGAUGACAAUGUCUGCUGAAGGGGAGCAGGUAGGCAAGAAUAUAUGCGAGAAACUUAUCUUUUGUUUUUUGAGAAUUUUCGUUUUGCUUGAAUGUUGACAUCUACACUGCAUUGGGGCAGUACUGUCGGUAAGACACAUGAAGAAAGGGCACAUAUCCGUUUUUGUUUAUUUCUCAUUUCUAUUUCCGUAAAGCUGCUCAGUGAAUUUCUGAAAUAAAUCACAUUUCCUUUGUUUGGGUAGUUUCCUCACUAUCCUGUGUUUGUGUUGUGAGAUUUUACCUCUUUGGUAAAUUCACGUCCUUUAUAAAAGUCAAGUGAAUUUUUUCAAAAUGAACUUUGAAUUACUUUCCAUCCGAAGCUCACUGUUUCGUUUUCUGCAAGCUUAUUGCGCUUUUUUUUACUUUGUAGUCGUCAUUGAACUUUUUCACUUUUUCUGCAAGUAUUAACAUCCAUGUGAUUGAAUGAUUGUAUAUGAGGAAAUAGCCUUUUUGUGUAAUAGUCUUACCUUAUCGUUUUCUAGUUUUUUAAAGUUUCUCUCCUUCCCAUACCUCAAUGUAAAUUUUUGUCCUCAUUUGUAGUAUCUGAAUAGUUACACCUCUAUGAUGUCAAUGACUUGCUUUCCAAGUAUUUCAAAUGGAUAUGACCUUUUAUGUUACUUUAAAUUGGCUUAUAUGCUGUAUUGAUAUUGUCUGAACCAAAAGUUGCAAUGCUUUGACAUUAUCUGAUAAUAGUUUUUCGUCUCCAUUUUAGGAGAGCUUGAAGUACAGGCUAUUAGGCUCAGAAGGUGAUAUUGGCUCUUGGGGCCACGAAUAUGUGAGGUGAGGGUUUGCCAGUUAUAUUUAAAUGCAUGGCCAUUGAUACUCUGGAGCAAAUCGUGAUCAGUUAGUACCUUUGAAGGUUUUUUUUUCUUAUGGUGAAUGACAUUAAUGAAAAAAAUUACUACCGCCCUCUUUAAAAGACACGGUAUUUAUAGUGAACAAUUUUUUUGAAUAGGUCAUUAUAUUUUUAAUAAGAAUUGUGUGAUCAUAGUCUCAAAUACCUUGAAUGCUAAUAGACCAGGUCGCCAUUCUGCAGCAGGGUAGUUCAUACUUCUCUAACCAACUCCUUGAAAACCUCCAUUUUCCCCUGUGAUCCAAAUGACUGUUGGGAUAGCGUCUAGUACAGCCCACCAUACCUCCUUUCUGUCUGCUCAGUCCUCGGAUCCAUCGAAUGGUUGAGAGCAGGCUCAUUUAUGGGCUAGAAGCUUCAAUUUAUAAUGGAAAAUUGUUCAAAUAGUAGUCUUAUUUCUCAAUAUGUGGAGUAAGAUGUCCUCCAAUACGUUUUGUUCAUAAUGUUGUAUUGCAAAAAGUUUCAAGUUCCGUACAUGACGCAUGAAACAUAGAUGUUGGCAUUUAAUGUUUUGUACUCUGUGUGACGUCCAUCUAAUUAACCGGAAUUUUUUAUAAACAUUUUCCUUUCCAAUGCGUCAAAAUUUUUAGUUCUUGUCAAUUUAUUUAUUCUAAGUGAAAUGCACUGUCAGGAACCUUGCUGGAGAAAUAACAGAGGAGUAUGCUAAGCGCCAGGUCAGGCUUACAAUGUUUUAGUUCAUUUAAUGGCUUUUUUUUCUUUUCUUUUUGAAGUACUUAUCUGGUCUGUCCUGGGGAACGCCUAGACUAUCUAAAAAGGGCUAAUGUUAUAGGAAAUUUCAAUUGAUAUCUUGUCUAAGUGUCCUGCUUAAAAAAUUGAGUGCGAUCAAACUGUAAAACUGUCCAACAUAGACGUUGUCAUUUGGUUUUGUAUUUAAUUUGGAAUUUUUCUUUCCUCUUUGGGAGAUAGGUGGGAUUUUAACUCUAAAUGAUUAUGGGGAAGAAGAAGGACGCGCAAAAUCUCCCUAUCCCUGCUUUCCAUUUAUGCCUUGUCAGCAGAAAAUGAAAUCUGUCCAAAAGAGAUGAUGCAGAUUCUGGAACUGUAUACUUACGUUUCUCUUAACUUUUACGUUAGAAACUUAAAAUAUAUAUUUUUAAAUUCCUUACGUGUUUCAUCAUAGAUGAAGUUUUCUCAUUUAGUUGUUUUCUGCUCUAUAUGCUUUUUCUCCACGGGUAGGACAGUUUUGUUGAUGUUUUCUCUCUUGUUUUCGUUCGUGGCCUAAAAUUUUAGGCUUCGAAAGUUUCUUACAAUUUAUGUGUCUAGUGGGGUAGCAUGGGGUGAGGGCAAGUAAGUGAACGACGUUACACAAAUGAAGACUAUGUGAAUCUGAGCCAACAUUUUUUUUCUGAAUAAGCCCGCUGAAUCCCAGACAGGGAGAUUUGGAAAUUAGUUUUCAUUACUGGAUUGGGAUUUUUAUCAAACGGUCCUAUCCGUUUUAUAAUAUAAUGGAAGAUUCAUUGCUGACUUUGUUUCUUUACAUGUCUUUAGCAGCAUAACGACGACCUACCAAUGGAUGAUAUAAUGGAACUUGUUCAGCAGAUAGUUGCUUUUCACAUGAAGGUAAACGUCAUUGAAUCUCAUGCUAUCGUGCUUGGGAUUCUUUUUUAAAGAGUUUUCUCAGAUGAUGGUGGUGGGAUUAGUGUUCGUAAUUAUACAAAAUUACUAUAACUGUAUUGGUAUGUCUCACAUUUUGGCAUAUAUCUUAUGAACGCGCUGAAAUAUUUGUGCAUCAAGUCCGUAUCAUGAAGCAAGAAGAAAAAAGAAUCCGUUUCUAACAUAUUGCGUUUUAAAAAAUGCAGCACAAUGCUGAACCCGAAGCUGUGGAUCUUCUAAUGGAGGUAGUUCACCAAUCUUUCUUUCGUCUUCAAACAUGUUGAUAUUUUAAUGUAUUAAUAUUCCCUUAGGUUGAAGAUCUUGAUCUGUUGGUGGACAAUGUUGACUCUACGAACUAUAAAAGAACAUGUUUGUAUCUUACAAGCGCUUCAAGGUAUGUUGUGAGAUAUUUGUUCGUCUGUAGAUUCUUUUCGUUUGUUUGGCUUUAUAUUCGUCACAUUAUUCUGUCACUAUCAGAGAAUAAUGUGGGAAUUCUAAUUUCAGAGCGAAAACAUGUAUAAAAAUUGUCUCUCCAAGGAGUUGUCUUUUUAAAUUGGUUAGCUUUUUAAUAAGGGAAAUGGAGUAGAUAAUGAAACGUUUUUAGUCCAAAAGUGUUCCUCUUAAUAUUUUGAUGGAAAUCAGUAUCCAAAGUUGACAUAGAUUGACUUUCUACAUACCAUGGGUUUUGAUUCUAGUGGUGAAUGAUAAGAUUUCGGAUGAUUAAGAGAUGUUCAUUAUGGCGAAACUGUAACAUAGUGUUGAUAAUCUGACAUGUUGUUUGGUUUUGACCAAUUCGAAGGGGGGGAAAUCAUUAUUGAAGUCCGUAGGACCUGUGAAUCUAGAUUUGCCUAGCUGAUGGGGAUAUGAAAUGUGAUGAUGGAUCUGGUGACGAAGUUUAUUGUAUGCAUAGAAAGUUUUGAUAAGACAAUGGAUAAAUUUCCAGUUUGUGGAUUGCUACCCUGAAAGUUGGCGUUUUUAUCAGAGUUAGUGCCCUUAUGCUGAUGCUUCCCUAUGGCGAACGAUUUCCUUCCAUAUAAAAUGAAAUCAUCAUUUAUGACUUACAGGUAUCUGAUGAUAUUCUUUUGCUGUGAAAGGAAGACACUUGGUUAGAAAUUUAUUCUUAUUUUCAUGUAGAGAAUGAAUUUGGUCUUCUGCUUUGGAUGACUAAACGUCUGACUUUGGAAUAUAUGAUUUUCUAUAGUUGUUUAUUUAUAAGUUAGUCUAGUCAUGCACUUUCCCGCUGUCUUUACCGAGUUGUACUCAUCUUUGCACAUCAUAAUUAUUUUGUCCAGUUCGUGAAAAAUUAGCAUGGAGUUUUCGUAGGACAUUCAAUUCUGAGUUUCGUGUCUUUUUAUAUGUCCAUUAGCAUAUUUUUAAAUGUUCAGUAGCUAACAUUGCCCUCCUCUUCCUAUGAAAUGAAAUUAAGUUUACUUGGAACUUCUUGCAGUUACCUCCCAGGUCCAGAUGAUAUAGUGGCAAUAGACAUUGCGUAUACUAUAUAUCUCAAAUUUGAAGAUUGGACAAGUGCACUCCGGAUCGCCCUUUUCCUUGAUAACAUUCAGGUUUCUGCCAAUAAUCACUUACAUCUAUCAAGGACACCAUUUGCUUAUCGUGUUAACUCUUUGAAAGAGGACCUACUGCCAUUCGUGUAAAUAAGUUAUCUAAUCUGUGUUCUAUCCUUGGUUUUGAUAGUAUGUCAAGCAGGUAUAUACAUUAUGUGAGGACCUGUUGCAGAAGAAGCAAUUUUCUUUCAUCUUGGCGCAACAUGUAAGUUUCUUUGUUGGUUAAUUUGUUUUAUUAUCUUUUUUCAGCUGCAGCGGUAUGCUCGCGUGUAUCCAUAAAUUAAUUGGUUCUUUUCUGGUUUAUUAAUGCUUAGUAACGCAAUUGCCACAAAUCAUAAUAGAACAAAGUAGAUUGUGGUGGUGGUGGAUACAGAAUGAGGUCGAACUCGCCCACAGAAUCGAUUAGGGCACAUCAUUGUAUCUGGUUAAGAUUAAGAAAAAAUAAACUUGGAAUGGUUUUUUAUUUUUCUACCUGUAAAUCCUCGCAAUAUUACUCCAGGGACAAUUUUUCAUUGGUGGCAGAGAAUACCUGUGCCUAAAGAGUAGAGAAAAAUAUUUAGGAUGCAUAAUAUUAGUUUAAUUAUGCUUUGGUCACUUCUUUCUAACUUUGGAGACGAAGUGUUUCAACCUUCUAAUGAGAGCCUUGAAUCUCAGUUUUAAAGCUAAGCAUUCAUCUUACACAGUUCAUUAUUUAUUUAUUUGUUUAUUUCUACCCUUCAGGAUUUUACAAUGUUAACUUUGGAACUGAAUACUGGGGCACUGACGUCGAACUUUUUAAAUGCAGGGUUUAGUAUUAGAACUUGAUGAUGAGAUGGUUGCAGAUGACAACGACAGGGAGGCACUUCAGGAUAUAAUUAAUAACGUAAAACUAAGUGAAGGAUAUCUUACUCUUGCUCGGGAUGUUGAAGUAAUGGAACCGAAAUCUCCCGAAGAUAUCUAUAAGGUAUUAUCUGCACUGAACAGGAAAAAAUAUCUCCAAGAACUUUCAAUCAUUUAUAAACCGUUUUAAUUUUUUUUUCUUAUUCAAUUUGCAAUGCCCCACUAAGUAUAUGGUGUAUGUUUUACAUAAAACGUGUUCCUGCGUCUACCUUUUUGAAUCACAAUUGAGGUCAUGAUCCGUGCUUUUAAUGAUCUCAUCUGUGUAGUGGAUGCAUCGGACAUCUGUUUUAUUUUCUUUUACAAAUAAUAUUGGCUGAAAUAUGCAUCACUUUUGACAUGUUAUGGAAUUUAAUUGCCUCCUAGUAUUUAACUUUGGAGUUAGGAUGGAUUCAUCUAUGAUAGAUAGGUUUGAACUUCGUGGAAGUUUAUGGUUCUCCCAUGAUUAAAUUUGUUGGCUUCUUUUAGGCACACUUGAUUGAUGGUCGCGCUAGUGCAAGUGCCACUCUGGAUUCUGCAAGACAGAACUUAGCCGCAACGUUUGUCAAUGCAUUUGUAAAUGCAGGUUUUGGUCAGGUGGGCUUUCACUUUUGACUGUUUGCCCACAAGUUGGAAUUGCAUUGUUCUAAUGUAUCUGACUUUUUCCUUCAGGAUAAGUUGAUGACGAUUUCUUCAGAGUCUUCUAGUGGUAGUUCAACGGGAAACUGGUUAUUUAAGAAUAAGGAGCAUGGGAAGGCGAGUGCCGCAGCAAGUCUGGUAUUGUACCAUCUCGUUUUCUUUUCUUGUUCAGAGUACGUAAUGACUUUCAUCAGACUCUGAUUCUUUUGUUCUUGUGUGAAGGGAAUGAUUAUGCUUUGGGACGUUGACUCUGGUCUUGCACAAAUUGACAAGUAUCUGCACAUUGCUGACAACCAUAUUGUCGCUGGUGCCUUACUAGGUGUUGGAAUUGUAAACUGCGGUAUCAAGAAUGAUUGCGAUCCUGUUAGUAAUCUUUCAUCUUGUUUUAGAAUCAUUUUCUUUUUCAGAAAAAUUACAGUUUUCUGUUUACAGGCACUUAAAAUUCUUCACGAAAAAAUAAUCAAGGACUAUCUUUCUGUUUUCCUUCAGCAUUUGUCGAACAUUGUUCUUUCUUUUUAUUAAAUCACUGUGAAAGAUUGAUCUGAAUGUUAUUUUAUAUCCUACCCUUUUUUAGGCCCUUGCAAUUCUUAAUGAUUUUGUAACAAAAGAUGAUCCGACAAUGAGGAUCGGUGCCAUUAUGGGGCUUGGGAUAGCUUAUGCAGGUUCUCAGAAAGAGGAGGUGAGGGAUGCAGCCACGUUGACUUCUCCUUUUCUUCUUGGUUUUAUCGUCCUCCUAUUCACGGCUGAUACAUGAAAUGUUCUUGUAGUUGAAAUUGCGACUGUCUGCCCUGAUCAGUGACUCAAGUACUCCAUUAGAUGUACUUGUGUUCAGUGCGAUCACUCUGGGACUGGUCUAUGUUGGUUCUUGCUGUGAAGAAGUCGCCCAGCUUAUCAUCAUUGCCAUAAUGGAACGAAAUGAGACCGAGCUGAACGAUCCCCUCAUCCGCUUUCUCCCUCUAGCCCUUGGGCUACUGUACCUCGGAAAACAGGUAAUGGGCACACUCCCUCCCUCUCUGGGCACACUCCUAGUAUGUUUUCAUGGUUUCUAUUCCAGGAAAGCGUCGAGCCCACCGCUGAAGUCUCGAAAACCUUCAACGAGAAGAUCAAGAAGUACUGCGACAUCACGCUGUUGUCCCUGGCCUAUGCUGGAACGGGGAACGUCCUGAAGGUUCGCAGUCCCCCUCUCCCUUCUGUGUGACAUACAACCUGUAACCAAGCUUCUUCAAAAUCAUGAUCUUUAUCAAUGGGCUUCUUCUCCUCCAGGUUCAGAAGCUGUUGGGUCACUGCGCCCAGCAUCUUGAGAAGGGCGAGACCCACCAGGGCCCCGCUGUCCUGGGAAUAGCCCUCAUCGCCAUGGCUGAAGAACUUGGACUCGAUAUGGCCAUUCGAUCAUUAGAACAUCUGUUGCAGUAUGGAGAGCAGAACAUCCGCCGAGUGGUGCCUCUUGCUCUUGGCCUCCUUUGCAUCUCCAAUCCGAAAGUAAGUCCAGUGGGAUUAUCUUCUAGAGGAGCUGCCAUGGCGGUUCUUACUACAAUUUUUUUUUCCUCUCCUCUUACUUCCAGGUCAACGUCAUGGACACGCUGAGCAGGCUGAGCCAUGAUUCAGAUGGUGAAGUGUCCAUGGUAUGAGCUACGGAGAACUAGCAAACAAUCAUCAUGACUUCAUCUUUCUCUAUCAUCUUCGCUUACAGAUUUAUCUCGCCCACUGCCCUUUGCAGGCAGCCAUCAUCUCUCUAGGCUUGAUAGGCGCCGGCACGAACAAUGCCCGGAUCUCAGGCAUGCUUCGGAACCUCUCCAGUUACUACUACAAGGAAGCUGGGCACCUGUUCUGUGUAUGCCCUCUCUUUCCCUCUCUAGCUUCUACAUAAAGGAAAAAGAACCUACCUUUCUGGGCACUUAUUUUUAUUUUUUUUCCCUCUCCAGGUGAGGAUUGCUCAGGGCCUUGUCCACCUCGGCAAGGGGUUGCUGACUCUCUCUCCUUACCAUUCUGAUCGCUUCCUGCUGUCUCCGUAAGCCCAGAUUCAUAUAUUCAUUUAUUCAUUUAUUUAUAGAAAUAUCUGACUCUACGCCCCUGCCAUAUGAUCUAAUGCCCAAUUUGACAUGUAUCAAUCAGGACGAGGCUGGCUGGGCUGGUGACUGUCCUCCAUGCAUGCCUGGACAUGAAAUCCACAAUCCUCGCCAAGCACCACUACAUGCUCUACUUCCUUGUUCUUGCCAUGCAGGUCCUCCCUCUUCUUCUUCUUCUUCUUCUCCCUUCUUCUGCCUCUUCUGCCUCUUCUGCCUCUUCUGCCUCUUCUGCUUCUGCUUCUGUUUCUGAUGAUGAUGAUGAUCUAGCCGAGGAUGCUGAUGACGGUGGACGAGAGCUUAAAACCGCUGUCUGUGCCGGUGCGGGUCGGCCAGGCGGUGGACGUUGUCGGCCAGGCCGGGCGACCGAAGACCAUCACGGGCUUCCAGACCCACUCAACUCCGGUCCUCUUGGCGGCCGGCGAGCGGGCCGAGCUGGCCACCGAGAAGUAAGCAAACCCACCUCUCUCUCUCUCUCUCUCUCUCUCUCUCUCUCUUCAUUCUCUCUCCUCUUACUGAGACCCCCAUUUGGAAAUUCUGCUUCAGAUACAUCCCUCUCUCUCCUGUUCUUGAGGGCUUCGUCAUCUUGAAAGAGAACCCAGACUACAGAGAAGAGAACUGA